GUUCAAUUUGACCUAAAAAUUGAAAUUGAAAGUAGGAAAUGUCGAUAGCCGAUACUGCUUGAGCUAGGUGGAUUGCAAAUGCUAUUUGAAACACAUAACUAAACUAUGUCAUAAAAUAUAAACAUUAUAGGGAUGCAUUACAGUUUUGUUCAGUAGUUGAUUAUCUCAAUAUGAUCCAGCAGAUGUGGUUUGUAUUGGUAAGGAAUACAAUUAACUGGCCUACUCGGUAAAUGUUAAAAUUGUUAAGGACGACUGCCACUAUUUAUCGAAUUUCACGAAUGUAUCCCUAAAUCGAUCCCUAUGCCUAACCUGAACCCCUAAAUAGAUCCCUAUGCCUAACCAUAACCCUAAAUUCAUCCCUCAACCUAACCUAAACCCUAAUUCACUGCAACUAUGAUAAACACCCAAAAGACGCUGUGGCUGCCAUCCUAAACAUUGGUAUUAGCCAAUCAUUCAUUCAUUCAUUAAUUCUUAAUAAGUCAUUUUAAGUAUAAAAGUAUAAGUGAAAGUCGGCCUAUAACGAUAUUAUUAGUAGGCUUGUGUAGUGUUUUUUUGUAGACUGUAGAUGAUUAGAACUAUAGAGUAUGACAUAAGAGAAGAGUAAAUGGCACACAGCCAAGCAGGUGGAACUUGUUGUGUUUGCUGGGGCCACAAAGAGCAAGAGCUGUAGAUAAUGUAGAGCUCUGCCUCCAACAGAACAUGAAUUAGUAGUAUCGUCUUAGAGACAUUCACUUAGUGGCGAUCCACAUGCCUAAAUUAUGUCAAGCAAAUUUUGACACCCCCCUCACUCAUCACACAAAAAGUUAGCCCCCCUCCAAUAUAAAGUCAGAAACUUCUGCACAUCCCCCAUUAAAAAUCCAUCAGUCCACUAUUGUCCUUUACAAACCCUGCAAUAUUGGAUUACUGUGGUUGCUGACCCUUUCUCCUGCAAUGUGGAAGAUGCGGCAAACACACACACAACACACAACCCCCCCCCCCCCCCCCUAAUAUUAUUUUGCACUUCAAAUGGAGCUAAUUGAUUUUCAGUGCAAUUCGGAACUCAAGACUAAGUUCAGGUAGGUGAAUGGAAAAACAGACAAACAUGGAAAAUUUAUGAGAGCAUUGUAUUCCACCUUCUCCGAGAUUUCCAGGUUGUUCAAGCGAAUCAUGUGUUCCUUUUUGGGAGUACCUAUCUGUGUGAAAAGCUCUUUUCCACAAUAAACUUUAACAAGUCAAAGUUCAGGGUAAACUUACUGAUGGGCAUCUUCAAGCUAUAUAGAGGAUCUCAGUUGCUUCCUCACUCAAGCCAAAUGUUGCUCAGCUGUGUAAGAAGAAGCGCUGCCAGGUCUCUGGCAAUAAGAAGUAGGAAGAAGAGAGUGAAGUCUAAUUCUUGAGAACCCUUAAUGUUUUUAUUUGUUAUUAAUAAAGGUUAAGCAGAUUGUAACAGUUGUACUUUAUUGAAUUUGUAAUAGCAUUUUUUUUAUUACUUGAUGCGGCCCAGUCUCACUCAGACCCUACCUCCUGCGGCCCCCGGAUGAUUUGAGUUUGAGACCCCUGGUCUAAAACAUUAAAUGAAACACAAUCAAUCAGCAGUCAAACAUUCACUAAUGAGUCUAAUGACACUAAAAUAAGGAGUGAAAAUUUAACAAAUAUGUUCCUCUUUAAAAUAUAGAAUAUAGGCUAUUUACUACAUAGUGUUAGACCUAUUUAUUAUUAUCAUUGAUAGGUCUAAUUAAUUUUGCAUUAAGGUAGUAGUAGGCCUUCAAUAGUCUAAAUUAAAGUUUUUUAAAUAGGACUCCUGAUUUCUGCAUAGGUCCAAUAUACUAAUAUAGAAAUGCACAUUAUCAUUGUUAUUGAAUUUAUAAAUAAAAAAUUAAAGGUGACGUGAAAUUUUAAAGAAUAUGACUAAAAAAUAUAUGGUUUAAUGUUACAGCUUCUUAACAUAAUAUUUCAAAUUACUAAUGCUAUAAAUAUUAUUGAAUGUAGGCUUUUUAUGAAGUCUAUAAAUGAUUAAAUUAUAUAAAUUAUAUAUGAAUAACGUAUUAUCAUUACUGACAUUAGGCCUCUAUUUUGACAUUUAUUUAACUAUGGCAAGUUUUAGUAUCAAAGAGCUAUACUAUGCUAAUUAUAUUAUAUUUAGGCACCCUCUUCCAUAAAAGUUUAUGUUAAACAAAUGUUUGGGUAGGGCAGAGGUGGGGCAUCCCCCUUCCCUCGAAAAUUGGCAGUUUCAAAAAAAAUUGCUAUGUACCUCCCGUAAUUAACAACUAAACAAGCCGGACAAGUUUUUUUUUUUUCCCCCCUUUCCCCCCACCUGAUACACACACUGCCCUGUAAGUGAAUAAUAUGAAAAAAGAUGAUAUAAUUUAUUAAGGGGCCUCAUGAUAUUGAUUGAUAUUUUGUGUGAUAAAGACCAAAAAAUUAAAUUGAGAAUUAGGCCCAUUUCAAGUUUGUAUUUUAUUCAUUUAAAUUUAUUUUAUUCAUAGUUACCCCUCUUGAUGCAACUUCCCUUAUCACAAGAAAAGAUUUGCCCUAGAGAGAAUUCACGUAUUGUUGCCAAGAUUGUGAGGGAGGUAAUGUAUAGAAACAGAAACCUAGAUAAUUAAUUUUAGUACCUCAUAACACUGUGAUGGUGUCAUAUGUCAAUUUAAACUUGAAAGGCAUUCAAUGUAAUUAAAAUUCCAAACAAAAAAUUGCAAUCUUGCAGAGUUUUGUGAAAGCUGUUGAUAGGAAUAUGCUUCAAGAAAUAUAAUUUUAUUAUAAUUACAUUUAAUAGAUGUUAGCAAAAUGGGAACAUGUAUUAUAGUUGGUAACUAACUCCAAAAGUUAACGCUUCAGUUCAUCUAGUUGAUAAGAAUACUAUUGAUACUGAUAGGUUUUGUAAAAUACUAUUGUUGCUAACAGAUUUUGUAGAAAUGCCAUUGUUACUGAUAGGUUUUGUAAAAAUAAUAUUGGUGCUGAUAGCUUUUGUAGAAAUAAUAUUGUUGCUGAUAGGUUUAUAGAAAAACUAUCAUUGCUGAUAGGUUUGCACUGAUUGAAUCAUUAUCAAGUAUCAUCGUGUUAUAAUGAGAGGCAUGUGAUUGCAAUACAUUUUUACUCUACUUUAGAGAAUUUAUCCUGCUUUCAAAGCUGUUAAGAUGAGCCAAACACCUAACUGUCAGUUUGCCCUUGAUCGGGAUAUGUUUUCAUUACAAGAAGGGCACAAAAUUUUGGAAGGAUCAAGCAGAUGGACUUGUAAUUUUUGUGGAAAGUCAUUUGUAUCAGAAUAUUUUUUAGACCGGCAUUUUGAAAAUAGACACAUGGACCAAAUCAGAGUAAUUUUUCUCUAUUUUGUGUUAUAGUUAUGGUGCACAUGAAAGAUAUGUUGUAUUAAUAUGUGCAUGAAAGAAAGGAUGUGUUAAUGUGCACCUGAACAAAAUGUUGUGUUAAUGUGCACAUGAAAGAAAUGUUGUGUUAAUGUGCGCAUGGAAGAAAUGUUGUGUUAAUGUGCACAUGAAAGAAAUGUUGUGUUAAUGUGCACCUGAAAGAAAUGUUGUGUUAAUGUGCACAUGAAAGAAAUGUUGUGUUAAUGUGCACCUGAAAGAAAUGUUGUGUUAAUGUGCACCUGAAAGAAAUGUUGUGUUAAUGUGCGCAUGGAAGAAAUGUUGUGUUAAUGUGCACAGGAAAGAAAUGUUGUGUUAAUGUGCACCUGAAAGAAAUGUUGUGUUAAUGUGCGCAUGAAAGAAAUGUUGUGUUAAUGUGCGCAUGGAAGAAAUGUUGUGUUAAUGUGCACAGGAAAGAAAUGUUGUGUUAAUGUGCACCUGAAAGAAAUGUUGUGUUAAUGUGCGCGUGAAAGAAAUGUUGUGUUAAUGUGCACAUGAAAGAAAUGUUGUGUUAAUGUGCACAUGAAAGAAAUGUUGUGUUACUGUGCACAUGAAAGAAAUGUUGUGUUAAUGUGCACAUGAAAGAAAUGUUGUGUUAAUGUGCACCUAAAAGAAAUGUUGUGUUACUGUGCACAUGAAAGAAAUGUUGUGUUACUGUGCACAUGAAAGAAAUGUUGUGUUACUGUGCACAUGAAAGAAAUGUUGUGUUAAUGUGCACAUGAAAUAAAUGUUGUGUUAAUGUGCACAUGAAAGAAAUGUUGUGUUAAUUUGCACAUGAUAGAAAUGUUGUGUUAAUGUGCACAUGAAAGAAAUGUUGUGUUAUUGUGCACAUGAAAGAAAUGUUGUAUUAAUGUGCACAUGAAAGAAAUGUUGUAUUAAUGUGCGCAUGAAAGAAAUGUUGUGUUAAUGUGCACAUGAAAGAAAUGUUGUAUUAAUGUGCACAUGAAAGAAAUGUUGUGUUAAUGUGCACAUGAAAGAAAUGUUGUAUUAAUGUGCACAUGAAAGAAAUGUUGUAUUAAUGUGCGCAUGAAAGAAAUGUCACAUAAAAAAGCAUAAAGUCAAUAGAAAAGUUUUUCUAAAGAAUUUUUUAAUCAAAAUAAGUUGCUAACUCUGAAAAGUUUUAGUAAUAAUUUUAAUACUAUAAUAUCUAAAGGUUCAAUAUUAAUAGUUAUAUUUCUUGCGUCUUUUCAGUGGGGUACAUUUAAAUUUUUCAAUAACCCUUAAAUUGGGCUAUCCUCCCAAAAUGCUGCCUAUUCCAUUUAUAACUCGAACCUGAUAGCACAAUCUGUUAUUAUUCCUAAAAUUAAGUUGAAAAAGUAUAAAAUAGUAAAUAAAAAAAAAUCAGAGUUCUGUUCAUGGUGAUAUUGCCUUCAGAUAUUACAGUUACAUAUAGUUUAACAUGUAGAAAAUGAAGAGAAGUCUCUGUUUUAAAUUUUUACAAAGAAAAUUUAGUUAAAAAAUUUGUUUAAAGAUCCCAUCAAUAUUUUCAGACCACAGAUGCUAUUUGCCUGGCAGAUGUUUGUGACAUCUUCAGGUGUGAUAUAAUCUCAGGUUUAUCCCAGCCUGAUUAUUGGGAUAUAGCACUCUGCAUGGAAGAUGACAUGCAAGAACUGUUUGCUCAGUGUGAGGCAAGUAAAGCUCUUGUAAUUAAGUUCUAGAAUUUAUCUUACGAUUGAAUUCUAGGGUUCAUCUUAUAAUUCUAGUUCUAGGGUUACUGUUUUAAUUUCCCUUUUUAGGAUUAUUUUGACAUAACCCAGAAGCUCCUAAACUGUGCGCCGUGUAGCUCUGAGGAUCUGCAGAUUUUAGCCAGGGGUUCCUAAACUGUGUGCAGUGGCACUCUGGGGAUCUGCAACUUUUCGCCAGGGGUGCCACUAAGUGUUAAAAAGAUGUUAAUAUGUCAUAUUACGCGACAUCUAGCUGACUUUUUGCAAACUAGUUUUUCACUUAGUAAUAACUUUUUUCAGAAGCUUUUACAAAUGUUUCACAGAUGAAACGCUAUAGCUAUUAAGAUUGUUAAUUGUUUUCAUAUGUAAGUGGCUAACGGUUUUGUAUUGUAUUAGUUUAUGAGAUUGUAGAAACUGAAUGUUGUUGUGAUUAAGUCAAGUGAAAUUAUUGAAGUAUUUUUUAUCAUUAGCCGUUUAAAAAAUAGAUGCAAAGGCUUUUACUGAAAAGUGAGAGAAAAAUUUAUAUUCACUAUUUUGUGGUGCACUUGCAAGAAAGUUGACAUAGGGCCCCAUGAAUAUACAAAUAACUGCAAAAGUACCAUUAUUUGAAAAAGUUUAGGAACCACGUGUAAAAAAAUUAUCAACUUAUUAUAAAAAUGAGACAAAAAUAGGCUUUGCUGGAAUGAACAGACAGCCAUAAAUGCUAACCUGUAGGGUUUACUUGUAGUUUGUUCAAUUUUUAUACGUUUGCUGAGGUGUACGGCCAUACAACUUUUAUACUGGAUUUAGAAAAGAAAUAUUUGUGCACAAGACACAUGUUCAAAACUGGUCUGGAAAUAAAUGCAACUUUGGACAACAAGAAGCUUAAAUCAUUUUUGUCGGAUCAAAACGACCAAGUUGAGGAUCAGAUCAAAAUGACCAAGUUGAGGAUCAGAUCAAAAUGACCAAGUUGAGGAUCAGAUCAAAACGACCAAGUUGAGGAUCAGAUCAAAAUGACCAAGUUGAGGAUCAGAUCAAAAUGACCAAGUUGAGGAUCAGAUCAAAAUGACCAAGUUGAGGAUCAGAUCAAAAUGACCAAGUUGAGGAUCAGAUCAAAACGACCAAGUUGAGGAUCAGAUCAAAAUGACCAAGUUGAGGAUCAGAUCAAAAUGACCAAGUUGAGGAUCAGAUCAAAAUGACCAAGUUGAGGAUCAGAUCAAAAUGACCAAGUUGAGGAUCAGAUCAAAAUGACCAAGUUGAGGAUCAGAUCAAAAUGACCAAGUUGAGGAUCAGAUCAAAAUGACCAAGUUGAGGAUCGGCAGGCCAUCUAAAUUUAGAAGCAGCGCUGUUGCAUUGAUAUAAUUUGUUAAUUCUAAGGCAGCGUAGUACAGUGGUAACUACUUAGAGUAGUAAACUAUAAUUACAAAUCCAUUUGAAUAAUUCUUAAGAAUGACUGCUGUGUUAGUGAGUGUUCUUUAAUUUAAAUUAAAUAAUUAAAUAUAUUUAAUAUUGCUAAUUGCUAUAAAUCAAUGACUAGCUACUAGUCAUUAUUCCUAUUUAUUACAAGGGCAUGGUUUAAUCCUUCUGGUACAUUAAAAAAUAAGUUUAUAAAUUGAAGGCAAACUCAAAAACAAUGUCAAGAUGGAAAAAUAUUAUUUUGGGAUGGUCCCAAUUUCAUUUUACAUUGUCAAUUUAAAUACAGGAAUCUGCAUUACUACAGCUAGCAUAAUUAACUGAAAAAUUAUGUCUAAUUGCAUCUAAAUUGCUAUGAAAUUCAUCAUCUGUCCAUUUUGAAUUAAAUCGCUACUGAUCAAUGUAAACCUCAAAAUGUGACGAAAAUGGGGCAUAUCCAUUUAUGAAUGAUGUAAACGUGCUUAAAUGUGCAUGCAGUGAAAGGGAGACUAUUUAUUUUUACGCAAGUGUGUGAUUUAGAAAUACCUCGAACAGCUGAUGCCCUUAAUUUUGGGAAUUAAAGUACUCGCGUACACUAAUUUAGGGUAAAAGUUACAAAGUGUUUCCAGCCAAUGGUAAAAUUACUCUUAGCCUUAGCCAAUCAGAAUGCAGCAUGGAAGCACACCCCCCAGCAUCAGACACCAAAAUGGCUGACGGCUCAAUCGACGAACGCGCAGACAAAAGUGGGAAAAAAUAAAAUCUACUCCAGUUAAAUGGGGAAAGAAUAUUAUCAAACGUGCAAAAGCAUCAGGUGUAUUAAACAAAAUAAAACUUAAGUUUUUAAAAAAAUAUUAAAAAUUUUUAAAUAUUGAUUUUCACCUAAAUAGCGAAGUGGAAUGGUACUUUUAGUUUUAGUAAGUUAAUUGGUGUAAGCAUCAAUGGCAUAACUAUGACCCAUGCUACAGUGCUACAGUGAAUGCUAGCAGACCUGCCAACCCUUCCAAUUUUGUCGGAAUUAUACAGAUUUUUUACCCCUCAUUCCAACCUUCCGACAAACCACUUAAAAUUCUGAUUUUUCGAACUUUAUCAUUUUUCACCCGGCAUAAAAAUCCGAAAGCAACAAAAAAAAAAAAAAGAAAAAAAAAAAAUCGGUCCCCUUCCAAUUUUGUCGGAAUUAUACAGAUUUUUUCCCCCUCAUUCCAACCUUCCGACAAACCACUUAAAAUUCUGAUUUUUCGAACUUUAUCAUUUUUCACCCGGCAUAAAAAUCCGAAAGCAACAAAAAAAAAAAAAAAAGAAAAAAAAAGAUUCGGGUACGACAGGAAGUGUUGCAAUUGUUUUUAUGAAGUGUCUACAUUUCCGGCAACCAGAAGAAUAAGUUAAUAAGUUCUGGAGAUAUUCAUCCGGCUACUAUAUAUUUGACCAAAUGACAUGACCUGCGUAACAAAGUUGCGCGAGAUAUUUGUCCGUCAGCCUUGUCAUGUGACCGCUAAUUGUCUAUCACAGUUUAUGCUACUUCAUUUAAUAAAAUUCAAGAUAGUCUGAACAUUUACAUGAAAAAGAAAUACCAGUACCCUUGCUGGUAUAUAAAAUAAUGAACAAUUGGUUAAAAAGUGACGUUUUUUAAAAAGCGUGGCAUGCCCACCGGAUGAAUAUCUCCCACACUAUUUGUCCAGUGGCCUGACGUGUCGACUCUGCCUUGUUUUUAUCAAAGGAUUCGAAGUGAACCGUAAUCUCCAAAUCAUUUUUCAAUCAUCAAUUGAUCCGAUCGGCUAAAAAAUAAUUCAUACUUUUUUUUGUUAAAGAUUUUCUAAAUGAAAUGGUUAAUCUAUUGAAAUCGGUUGGUACAAUGAUAUUAAUAAACAUAUUUUAACCCCCCCCCAUAAAAACAAAAACAUACAACUACAACUGCAGCUAAAACUAAAACUAAAAAUAAUCCAUGACCAUGUCUAAUUAAAAAUUUCUUUGCUAAGGAAUGGGACGGUCAGAUCGUUUUAUUUACCACCUUUCUUAUUAAAGGAAAUAUUUUCUAGCCAACUCCGAUCGAUUUAAUGCCAAGGUCAAAGAAAUGUUUCCAGACUCUCAGAUUGCUAGAAGAUAGUGAAGAAAAAUUACAAUGAAACAAAAGGGCAAGCAUGAAAGUUUAUACUCUUUCUAACUUGCUUGUAAAUAAAAUCAAUUGCAAUGCUAACUUUCAGUUGUGGAAAGAGCUGUUGGACAAGUGCAAAAAGGCCACUAGCAACUAGGAAUAUGCUGGGAACUGAACUCUUUAACAGCCUGUAUACAUAUGUAAAUGAAAUGAAUCUUCUGUCCUGUACUAUAUAUAUCUGUAUGUAAACAUUUCCCGUCAGUGGACUCUUGAAAGACAAGGGAAGUAACUUUAGAUUUCUUUAUUUACUAAAAAAAAGGCUUGUGCAUUAAUUUAUAGAUCUUAAACCAACGUCCCCACCCCCACCCGAGCGCUGCCCCCUGGUGCCCCCUUGCAUGCACCCCCCUACGAAUUUUUGUCUUGGCAGGUUGGCAGGCCUAUGCUAGUAUUUCUGCUAGUCAUUACACUUAAAUGGGAACAAUGGGAUUUUAUAGAUAUGUUUCUAAUUUAACAAUUGUAGAGUUAAUAUAAGAAUAUGUAUAUUAUAUGGCAUAUAAUAAUAAAAAAUUUAAUGGCAUUGUAUGAGAUCCUGUCUGGGAAUUUCUGCCGAGUGGAGCCUUUAAAGGUUCAAAGGAUAUCCCUCUUAAUGCAGAAAUUGCUCCUGGAGACUUGAUGACCUUAUCAAGGCUUGAUUUAAAAUCUUUGACUUUAACCACAGGGCUUUGAUCCUCCUGUAAAUUUUCUGUAAAACUAUUUAUAAAUAAUAAUAAUGAAUAGGCAAUAAUAUUAUUUAUAUUUAUAUUAUACAAAACUCAUUUAUCUCAAAAGUGCCAAAAUACACUUAAGAAAUUUUUCCACUCGACCCUUGGAUUAUAAAUGAAUCUUUUUUCAACUGUUCAUUUCUUUACUGUACAGUAUUUCAUGCUGUUGUACAGUUUUUGAGACUCUUCCUUCUCUUCUUUUUGACCCCACUGGUUGGCAUGUAUGUGAAAGCGCACACUUUGAAAUAACUAAUAUUACAACUUAUGUUAUUCUUUAAUUUCUCUUGUAUGAUAAAAACAUAUUUAUGAGCAACUAUUUUUUUAGAUCAAACCUUCUAAUGAAUAAAGAUAACCUAAUUGUAAAUAUUUAAAUUCAAAGCUAAUUUUCUAUGAUUGUUUUUUAAAAAUAAAUGUUUUGAGACAACUAUUUUAAGCUCUGAUAUCUGUGUGUUUGACAGAGUCUAGUUAAUGAGUGCAUUCCGCCUGGCUACACAAAAAAUGAAACAGACACUGUGAAAAGUAAGUCAUACUUUCUUUAAAACUUCUAAAAACUGCUUGCUCUAUUUUUUUUAAACCUUGUUUAGUUUUGAGGGGUUUCACCAGCUAUGCCAUGAGAUAUAGCGGUAGUGAAGACAGAGCAGUGAUUCAAAUGCCUCGAGAUAUAGCGGUAGUGAAGACAGAGCAGUGAUUCAAAUGCCAAGAGAUAUAGCGGUAGUGAAGACAGAGCAGUGAUUCAAAUGGCAUGAGAUAUAGCGGUAGUGAAGACAGAGCAGUGAUUCAAAUGCCUCGAGAUAUAGCGGUAGUGAAGACAGAGCAGUGAUUCAAAUGGCAUGAGAUAUAGCGGUAGUGAAGACAGAGCAGUGAUUCAAAUGGCAUGAGAUAUAGCGGUAGUGAAGACAGAGCAGUGAUUCAAAUGGCAUGAGAUAUAGCGGUAGUGAAGACAGAGCAGUGAUUCAAAUGGCAUGAGAUAUAGCGGUAGUGAAGACAGAGCAGUGAUUCAAAUGGCAUGAGAUAUAGCGGUAGUGAAGACAGAGCAGUGAUUCAAAUGCCUCGAGAUAUAGCGGUAGUGAAGACAGAGCAGUGAUUCAAAUGCCUCGAGAUAUAGCGGUAGUGAAGACAGAGCAGUGAUUCAAAUGGCAUAUGAUCUAGCAGUAGUGUGGAUAGAGCAGUGAUUCAAUUGGCAUAUGAUAUAGCAGUAGUUUGGGCAGAGCAGUGAUUCAAAUGGCAUAUGAUCUAGCAGUAGUGUGGAUAGAGCAGUGAUUCAAUUGGCAUAUGAUAUAGCAGUAGUUUGGGCAGAGCAGUGAUUCAAAUGGCAUAUGAUCUAGCAGUAGUGUGGAUAGAGCAGUGAUUCAAUUGGCAUAUGAUAUAGCAGUAGUUUGGGCAGAGCAGUGAUUCAAAUGGCAUAUGAUCUAGCAGUAGUGAAGACAGAGCAGUGAUUCAAAUCUUUAGCAUAAUAAGCCCACAACAAAAUGACCUAGUUUAAAGAAAGGCUUGCAUUUUUUGAAGUGUUUAAGGUGCUAUUUAGAAGGCCAUAAUAUUUGGCAGCUUAGUAUUCCACCAGUGACUGCCGGGCAUGAUUUGGCAGCUUAGUAUUCCACCAGUGACUGCCGGGCAUGAUUUGGCAGCUUAGUAUUCCACCAGUGACUGCCGGGCAUGAUUUGGCAGCUUAGUAUUCCACCAGUGACUGCCGGGCAUGAUUUGGCAGCUUAGUAUUCCACCAGUGACUGCCGGGCAUGAUUUGGCAGCUUAGUAUUCCACCAGUGACUGCCGGGCAUGAUUUGGCAGCUUAGUAUUCCACCAGUGACUGCCGGGCAUGAUUUGGCAGCUUAGUAUUCCACCAGUGACUGCCGGGCAUGAUUUGGCAGCUUAGUAUUCCACCAGUGACUGCCGGGCAUGAUUUGGCAGCUUAGUAUUCCACCAGUGACUGCCGGGCAUGAUUUGGCAGCUUAGUAUUCCACCAGUGACUGCCGGGCAUGAUUUGGCAGCUUAGUAUUCCACCAGUGACUGCCGGGCAUGAUUUGGCAGCUUAGUAUUCCACCAGUGACUGCCGGGCAUGAUUUGGCAGCUUAGUAUUCCACCAGUGACUGCCGGGCAUGAUUUGGCAGCUUAGUAUUCCACCAGUGACUGCCGGGCAUGAUUUGGCAGCUUAGUAUUCCACCAGUGACUGCCGGGCAUGAUUUGGCAGCUUAGUAUUCCACCAGUGACUGCCGGGCAUGAUUUGGCAGCUUAGUAUUCCACCAGUGACUGCCGGGCAUGAUUUGGCAGCAUAGUAUUCCGCCAGUGACUGCCGGGCAUGAUUUGGCAGCAUAGUAUUCCACCAGUGACUGCCGGGCAUGAUUUGGCAGCAUAGUAUUCCACCAGUGACUGCCGGGCAUGAUUUGGCAGCAUAGUAUUCCACCAGUGACUGCCGGCCAUGAUGUAGACCAGUGCUAACCAAAGAUGAUGGAAUGGCUGGACCUUAAGUUGAACAAAAACUGCCCAUCUUCAGCAAAUCUGGUAUAAUAACUUUAUGCAGAUCGGCUUGCUAUUUUUGUGGGAGGUUCUUGGAGUCAGAAUAUUUUUUAGACCGGCAAAAAAUCUGUUAUAGAAAUAUCUUUUAAUUUUUAAGUACCUGUAUUGUGAAAUUCAAAUAAAAUGUUCAGGUAGCCCAAUGUAUUGAUUAUUUAUCAAUUUAUAUUAGUCAACUAUUUUGGACCGGUCUAAAGCCCACCACUUUGAGAAGCACUCAUUAAGGAAAUUGAAACUCAACCCAUUGGUCGAGGCAAAUUAAAGUUAUAGCAAGUGAUAUUGCGGCUAGAUUAAAAUUGAUCAUAAGGGUUAAAUGUUAUGACAUAAAGUUGAUCAUAAGGGUUAAAUGUUACAACAUAAAGUUGAUCAUAAGGGUUAAAUGUUACGACAUAAAGUUGAUCAUAAGGGUUAAAUGUUAUGACAUAAAGUUGAUCAUAAGGGUUAAAUGUUAUGACACAAAGUUGAUCAUAAGGGUUAAAUGUUAUGACAUAAAGUUGAUCAUAAGGGUUAAAUGUUAUGACAUAAAGUUGAUCAUAAGGGUUAAAUGUUAUGACAUAAAGUUGAUCAUAAGGGUUAAAUGUUUAUGACAUAAAGUUGAUCAUAAGGGUUAAAUGUUAUGACAUAAAGUUGAUCAUAAGGGUUAAAUGUUAUGACAUAAAGUUGAUCAUAAGGGUUAAAUGUUAUGACAUAAAGUUGAGCAAAGUGGUUUGUUGAAACACAUUUUCUUAUCUGUAAGAGAUACUUUUGAUUGAAAUUUUUCAGAUCAAGUGAUGGAGAACUUAUGCUCUUUCCUGACAUGCUCAAAGUUCUGGAACACACCAUAUCAGGAGGUAGGUACACCAUAGAUUUCUUUGUAGUUUUGGAACAUACCAUAAUAUCAGGAGCUAGGUACUGAACAGUUUCUUUGUAGUUCUUGAACAUAUCCUAAUACCAGGAGGAAGGUACAAAACAGAUUUCUUUGUGCUUUCAUUGGGACAAGCAGUUACACUGUGAGGUGGGGUCUCUUUAAAUGUUAUUGAUCCUCAUUCACAUGGAGUCAGACAUGUGGGCAGUUGCACACAUUUUGGAAAUGCUACGGAAAUGUGGCUGAAUGUUAUGGAAUAACAUGUGGAAUUUUAUAUAAAUUUGGGGAAUGUUACUCCUGGGGAAAAGUUACACAAUUUACAUUUGCCUUAUUGAAAAACUUUGUAGAAAAUCUUCAACUGAAUGAUGUCAUUGACCAAUAUUUCCAGGAAACGAACUCUCACACGGCAGUGUACAUCGUGCUGACAACCAUGACAUGCUUCGGGAUCAUUGUUUACAAUUUUGUUUUCUACAAUUAUUUUUAGUAAGUACACGUAGGAUAAGUGGGGCAAGUCAUAAAGGUUUAGUAUGUAGACUGAUUAUAUGGUAAUGUUAUCAGCAGUAUAGUUAGUGCAUUAUUGAAGUGUAAGUAAUAAAAGCCAGAAUGGAGAAUUCAAUCACUGUCAACCAUAGCUGACAGGAAGAUUUUUUUUGAGUUUGUAUGACCUGGGUGGCAAAGUCACAACAGGUGGUGACUGGAACAUACAAGAAAGCACUGCCAAUCAGACCAUUGGACAAUUGACUUUGAUAUGGAGAUGAAGCCAUCUGAUCAUGACUUUGAUAUGGAGAUGAAGCCAUCUGAUCAUGACUUUGAUAUGGAGAUGAAGCCAUCUGAUUAUGACUUUGAUAUGGAGAUGAAGCCAUCUGAUCAUGACUUUGAUAUGGAGAUGAAGCCAUCUGAUCAUGACUUUGAUAUGGAGAUGAAGCCAUCUGAUCAUGACUUUGAUAUGGAGAUGAAGCCAUCUGAUCAUGACUUUGAUAUGGAGAUGAAGUCAUCUGAUCAUGACUUUGAUAUGGAGAUGAAGCCAUCUGAUCAUGACUUUGAUAUGGAGAUGAAGUCAUCUGAUCAUCCACACUUAGACCAGGAUUUUAAAAAGUCAUUGAGUUUUCUCCUGCAUGGAUCAGAAUGGUGGAAGACCACAAGCUCAUCAGAACAGAAGCUGUAGAAGAUCACAAGCUCAUCAGAACAGAAGUUAUGGAAGACCACAAGUUCAUCAGAACAGAAGCUGUAGAAGAUCACAAGUUCAUCAGAACAGAAGCUGUAGAAGAUCACAAGCUCAUCAGAACAGAAGUUAUGGAAGACCACAAGCUCAUCAGAACAGAAGUUAUGGAAGACCACAAGUGCAUCAGAACAGAAGUUAUGGAAGACCACAAGUGCAUCAGAACAUACAAGAAAGCACUGCCAAUCAGACCAUUGGACAAUUGACUUUGAUAUGGAGAUGAAGCCAUCUGAUCAUGACUUUGAUAUGGAGAUAAAGCCAUCUGAUCAUGACUUUGAUAUGGAGAUGAAGUCAUCUGAUCAUGACUUUGAUAUGGAGAUGAAGUCAUCUGAUCAUCCACACUUAGACCAGGAUUUUAAAAAGUCAUUGAGUUUUCUCCUGCAUGGAUCAGAAUGGUGGAAGAUCACAAGCUCAUCAGAACAGAAGCUGUAGAAGAUCACAAGCUCAUCAGAACAGAAGUUAUGGAAGACCACAAGUGCAUCAGAACAGAAGUUAUGGAAGACCACAAGUUCAUCAGAACAGAAGCUGUAGAAGAUCACAAGUUCAUCAGAACAGAAGUUAUGGAAGACCACAAGUGCAUCAGAACAGAAGCUGAAAGUUUUCUUGACCAAAUAAUCCAUGGAAUCUUCUAGCCAAAGACAAUCUAAGAAUCUUCUAGCCAAAGACAUUCUCCAGUGAGGAACUUAGUUUUAGAUUGGUAGUGACAAAACAUUGUAGUAAAACUUCUGGCACAUGGCUGGAGAUUUGAUCUAAAGUACCGGUAGUAAGAAUCAACAUGCCAUUUCUUGUGUUGCAAUUUGUUGAUUUGACAAAAAUCUAUUCUUCAGCUCUGAUCUUGUAGAGCCAAGCUACGAUCCUUCACCCAGAGUCAAGCACAAAAUCAAAAAGUUCCAGGGUGACAUGGGCCACAGAGAGACAUCUCAGCAUCACUUGACAGGAACACAUUUCCAGAAUGCCUGACAUUGAAUGAGGUCUACUUGAAGUUUAAAAGGAAGUUUAAUUGUAUACAGGUUAAAUGGAUGAUACUUGUAGUGGUAGACUGAACAGGGUUUCUGUUUUAACAUUGUGACAGUCAAGGCACAUUGCUUUUUCCCUUGAAUUUGACGUUAUGAUGAUGAUGAUUGCCGUGGUAAAAGAGAACAUGCUGUCACUUUUGAUUGAUGUGACUGUAAGCUGUAUGUUGAGCUGUCACUUGUGAUUGAUGUGACUUUAAGCUGUAUUUUAGCUGGCACUUGUGGUUGAUGUGACUGUUAGCUGUAUGUUGAGCUGUCACUUGUGGUUGAUGUGACUGAAAGUUGUAUGUUGAGCUGUCACUUGUGGUUGAUGUGACUGUAAGCUGUAUGUUGAGUUGUCACUUGUGGUUGAUGUGACUGUAAGCUGUAUGUUGAGCUGUCACUUGUGGUUGAUGUGACUGUAAGCUGUAUGCUGAGUUGUCAUUUGUGGUUGAUGUGACUGAAAGCUGUAUGUUGAGUUGCCAGUUUUAUUUCCAGAUUUAUGUGGAGAAAAGUAUUAGCCAAUAUUUGUACUUUGGAAGUAAAUGGACUAAAUCAGUGGUUCUCAACCUUCCUAAAUGCAGCGACCCUUUAAUACAGUUUAUUGUGUUGUGCGUCCCCCAGCCACACAAUUAUUUUCGUUGCUUCUGCAUAGCUGUAAGGAUACGUUUUUUCAGAUGGCGACCCACGAGUUGAGAACCACUGUACAUCUUGUAGAUUGGGAGUAAAUGGACUAAAUAAUGUACAACUUGAAGUUUGGGAGUAAAUGUUAAUUGUACAUUUUUUUUUUGCUUUGGGAGUAAGUUUACUAAAUUUAUAUACAAUUUAUGUUUUUAGAAUUAUGAUGAAAUAGUGUACAACUUGUGGUUUAGGUUUAACUUAACCAAACCAUUGUGGAAUGCUGCCAGAUUCAUCUUCUUGUCAUCUUCAUAUAUUGCAUUAUAUACGCACUGGUAAGUCUUUUACCCCCGUACAUUUAGAUUCAUAGUUGUAUUUAUAUGUAAAUGAUUUUAUCCUUAAAUGUGAGGGGUGGCAUUAUUAGCCCACAAAUUGUGGUUGGCCGAAAAAAUCGGCCGACAUUCUCGUUCUUUUGUGGCGGCCGAAAAAAACCACGGUCCGAUAGCAACUUCCAAUCCAAUAUUUAACUGGAAUUAUAGCCACUACCUUUUAUUAAUAAUUGAAUCAUCUUCCGGGUCAAGCUGUUUCUUGGUAACUUAAAAAUAAGUUCGUUUUAAUCUUUUUAUAUUUGAAAGUUUUAUAUUGCUGUUUUUUUAACCUAAAAUGGAUGCAGCCAUGACUGGGCCUUCAGAGCGAGAGCUAAUAGAAAUAUUUUGAAAGCUUUUUAGGAGAGAAUUUAAGUGAUACUGAUGAUGAUUUUACUUCGUUUUAGCAGUGGUCCCAGUUUCUAAUAUAAAUGACCUAAAAUUACUAAAAUUGCUUUCAGAUGUGUAAUUGCAAUCAAAACCUAAGCAAACUAUACAUUUUCUGAAAGAUAAAUGAAUUGGCUACAACAUUUAGAUUUGUGUUUUAAGUGUAUCUAUAAAAACUAAUGAUGUUAUGAGCACUUGAAAGCAAGACAUUUUGUCGAUUUUUUUUUUCUUGAGAACUCCAAGGUCAAGGACACUGAGCAAAACAUUUUUUACAGGGUGGGCAACUUUAUCCCCAUCCAUUUACCUUUCUAAAAAUAUAUACUUAUUGGGGUCUUGUAUCAAUAUUUCUAUGUCAUUUAAUGCAAUUUCAAAUGACACUCAAAAAGCUCU